CGGAGCGGGGACCGUGGCGCUGCGCGCCCAGCGGGCGCAGGGAGAGCGCACGGCCCACGGGCGGUCCGGAAAGCUGAGUUUGAAGCCGUCACCAUGGGCGCCUGUUUGGGGGUCUGUUCCCUGCUCAGCUGUGCAUCCUGUCUCUGUGGCUCGGCCCCCUGCAUCUUGUGUGCCUGCUGCCCCUCCAGCCGCAAUUCUACCAUCAGCCGCCUCGCCUUCACCUUCUUGCUAUUCCUGGGAGUCCUGGUGGCCGUCAUCAUGCUCACCCCUGGAGUGGAGAGCCAGUUGUACAAGCUGCCCUGGGUGUGUGAGGAAGCCCCGUCCACCUUGGGCAUCCCGGGCUACAUGGACUGUGGAGCCAUCUUGGGUCAUCGAGCUGUCUACCGCAUGUGCUUUGCCUUGGCCGCUUUCUUCUUUUUCUUCACCCUGCUGAUGAUCUGUGUGAAGAGCAGCAAGGACCCCCGAGCUGCCAUCCAGAAUGGGUUUUGGUUUUUUAAAUUCCUCAUUCUUCUGGGCAUCACUGUGGGUGCUUUCUAUAUCCCGGAUGGCUCCUUCACCAAUGUCUGGUUCUACUUUGGUGUGGUCGGCUCCUUUCUCUUCAUCCUCAUCCAGCUCAUCCUGGUAAUCGACUUUGCACACUCUUGGAACCAGAGUUGGCUGUGGAAGGCCGAAGAGCGGGACUCACGGUGCUGGUAUGCAGGCCUCUUCUUCUUCACCUUCCUCUUCUACGGAAUCGCCCUCGCGGCCAUAGCCCUCAUGUACACCUACUACACGCAUUCGGGAGCCUGCUAUGAGGGCAAGGUCUUCAUCAGCCUCAACCUCGUCUUCUGUGUCUGUGUCUCCAUUGUGGCUGUUCUACCCAAGGUUCAGGAAGCCCAACCAAACUCUGGCCUGCUCCAGGCCUCAGUCAUCACUGCCUACACCAUGUUUAUCACCUGGUUAGCUCUGACCAACAUCCCUGAUCAGCAAUGCAACCCUAACCUCCCAUUCACCAACACAACCAGCCUGGAUUCUUACGAGGUCUACACUACCCAGUGGUGGGAUGCACCCAGCAUUGUUGGCCUAAUCGUCUUCAUCUUCUGCACCGUCUUCAUCAGCAUCCGCUCUUCUGACAACAAGCAGGUGAACAGCCUGAUGCAGACUGAGGAGUGCCCACCCAUACUGGAGGGCCAGCAGCAGGUGGUCGAAGGCCGGGCCUAUGACAAUGAGCAGGAGGGAGUCUCCUAUAGCUACUCCUUCUUCCACUUCUGCCUCUUUCUGGCCUCUCUCUACAUCAUGAUGACACUCACCAACUGGUACAGACCCGAUGAUGUCACCAGGAAGAUGGUCAGCACCUGGACUGCAGUCUGGGUGAAGAUCUGUGCCAGUUGGGCGGGGCUGUUCCUCUACCUUUGGACCCUGGUUGCCCCACUCCUCUUGCCCAACCGAGACUUCAGCUGAGACCAGUCUGGAUCUCCAGCACCGUUACCUCCUGACCAAAGAUGCCUUGUUGCCAAGGGACAGAUGACAUCAGUCCCUGUUCUAGUCUGGCUCCCACAAUCUUCUCCUGCCCCUCACCUCUUCUAGACCUUCUGUGAUGGAACUAUUUAUCCUCCCCCUUCUCCCCACUCUUCCUUAAAUUCAGUGUGGAAGGAGAGAGGGAAAGCCUCCUGAAGGCUAGAGGCUGUUUCACUAGAUGACUUCUAGGUACCCUCUCAACUGUCGCCCUCUGUGAGCAAGCCUGUGAGCAUCUCUUGUUGUGGUUGAGGUUGUAUCUCAGUUCCCUUCUUGGUGCCUUUGGGGCAUGGAGCAGACUUGGAGGGGGGUGCCACUACCUGGAGCCACACCCAGCUGUUCCUCCAGUCACCUGCUUUCUCCUCCCCACACCCUCUUCUCUCCCCCUCCCAGCAGGGAGGUUCAGGGAGGCUACAGUGCUGGGAGAAAGGUUCCCAGCUUUGUGGCCAGUCUUCUUCUCCAUCCCAUGUUCCUCUCUUCCUCUUCUCCAUUCCUGGACUCUGUGUCUUUUAGAAACCCUUCCAUUUUUUAAGUUUUAAAAGCAACACAAUAAUAAACAUCCAGUGGGAUUGCCUUACUGAGCUACCUGCCUCUGCCCAUCUCCCAGGAUUGUGCCUUUUGUAGCCAAUGGGGCUGUGUCUCGCUGGGUCCUCAGUUCUCUUCCUGUCUUGCUACCUGACCAGCCUAAAGCCUCAGGGAACUGGAACUGUCUUGCCUAUGGUCCUCUCAAGAUAAAGGGGAAGUAGAGGCCCUCAGCUUCCUGAGGAUAGCAACAACUGAGCUGAGAAUCAGCCCUGAUAAUCAGGGGUUCCUGGUCCUGGAUCAAUUCUUCCAUGCCAACACUGGCCCCUGGGAAGCUUGUCAGAGCUCAUGUUGCUAGUCCUGGGAAGGGGCACACUGCCCCUGCACAUCUCUGCUGUUCUUUCUAGGGCUAUUAGGGUGGGGAGCAGAAGGAUCCAACCAAAAUACCGCUUCCUAUUCCCAUUCCUGGCCUAGACACUCUCUGUCCCCCAAAGGAAAGAGAGGGAGCCCUGAAUGGUAAAGCAGCUAGGUGCCAUAUGUCGACUAUCUAGUCAAGUGCCACUAGGGAAAUGGAAAAAGGAGCCCCCACCCAUGGGGAACCCUGGGUGUAAUGGAGAAAGUAGGACCCUUUUGAAACAACCUGUAAUGAACACUCUUGGCUUCCUUACUAACUUUACCCAUGGGCAUCUCCACUUGGGACCUCUGUUUCAUCCUCUGUAAGAUGAGCCUGAGCCAGCAUCUACUCUUCUGACUUGAGGAGAGAUGUACCCAGAAACUUAAUAAUUAGCUCUGUUUGACUCUGUUGUUACUGUUGCCUUUUAAAAAGUCAUCAUUAACUUGCUGUGUGACCCUGGGCAAGUCACUUCUCCCCAGGCCUCAAGUUUACUGCCCUGUAAAAUGAGGAUUAUACUUCACAAAACUUGUGGUCUUCAAGUAUGAUAUAAUGCAUGGGAAGGCCCUCUGUAAUCUAUUCUUUUUUUUUUUUUUUUUUGCGGGGCAAUGGGGGUUAAGUGACUUGCCCAGGGUCACACAGCUAGUAAGUGUCAAGUGUCUGAGGCUGGAUUUGAACUCAGGUCCUCCUGAAUCCAGGGCCGGUGCUUUAUCCACUACACCACCUAGCUGCUGCCCCAAGGCCCUCUGUAAUCUAAAGCGCUGUAUAAAUGAAUUGUUUUUAACCUAAUGACCGAGGGCACCCACCUUAGGGUCCUACACAAGACCCUGGGGCCAAAGUGAUGUACAAUAUACAAUAUCAGCCCUAGGAUUUUACAAUCCAGUUGAGACAAAGCUUAUACAAUAUACUGUGUGUGUUCAAUUAAAUAUUUAUUUAGCACCUGUCCUCAAGAAGCUUAGAUUCCACUGGAGGGAAACAAUAUGUACAAAAAAGUAAAUACAAAGUCAUUUCAAUUGGGAUUGGAUUCUGAUCCCUGGGGAGAAGGGGAAGGCUCAGAAAGGUCCUGUCCUGUGAGGGAGGUGUGAUGGCUUGGGGGGUGGCAGGGCCACGUACCGGAAAGAGCUCUGGGUUUAGAGUCUGUAAACAGGUUUGAAUCUUGGCUCUGCCACUUCCUGUGGAAUCAUACAUGAGUCUCUCUGGACCUUGGACUUACUACAUUUGACCCUGUUGACACUCUCUUCUGCCAGCAUUGGUUUCUCCUGGUUUUCACUGAGGUUUAUUUUUUUAACACCUCGUCUAUAAAAUGAGGAACUUGUGAUAGAUGGCCAUAAUACACAUUUAAUUUUUUUCAAUUCAUUCAUUCAUUCAUUCAUUCAUUCAUUCUUUCUUUUGUCUGUUUGACCACUAAUGCUGCAGUACUAUAAAUCACCCACCUGAUUGGCAUUGGUUAUUGCGCCAUCUUCUUUGCUGUAUCAUCAUCAACUAUGUGGAUGAUUCCCAGACCUUUAUAUCCAGCCUCGUGUCUUCUAAGUUCCAGCCCCACAUCACCUACUGCCUAUUGGACAUUUCCCACUGGGGGUCCUGUAGAUGUUGCAAACCACCUGGCCCAAACUACUCAUUACCUUUCCCCUACGAUCCUGUCCUUGUUCUUGUAGGGGUUCCCACCAUCCUUCCAGUCCCAACUAAAGAAUCGUCCUUGACUCUCCCUUCUUCCUUACCCCACAUAUCCAAAGAUUUGGCCAUUCUUGUUGAUUCCUUCUCCGUCUCCACAACACCUCACAUCCAUCCACUCUCAGUCACAACCUUAGUCCAAGCCCUCAUCACUUCUCCCCUGGGCUAUUGCCCCAUCGUCUUUAAUUGGUUUUUUUACCUCUAGAAUUUCCGUUCUCUUUUCGGCUGCCAAAGUGACAUUCCUAAAGCACAGCUCUGACCAUAUUAUUUCUUUGCUCAAGAAGCUCCUAUGGCUCCCAGCUCUUUUUUUUUUUUUUUAAGUGAGGCAAUUGGGGUUAAGUGACUUGCCCAGGGUCACACAGCUAGUAAGUGUUAAAUGUCUGAGGCCGGAUUUGGACUCAGGUACUCCUGACUCCAGGGCCGGUGCUCUAUCCACUGCGCCAUCUAGCUGCCCCCUCCCAGCUCUUUCUAAGCCAGAGUACAAACUUCUCUAUCAUUUAGAGGCCUUUCCAGCCUUAGCUUUCCAGGCUUAUCACAGAUUACUCUUUAGGUACAUUCUGCUCCACCCAAACUGGCCUAUUAGCUGUUGAUUAUACAUAAAGUUACAUUUACCAUCUCUGUGCCUUUGUAAAGGUGAUCCUCCAUCCUGGCAUAGUUUCCCUCCUCACCUCCCCCAGGUAGGAUCUCAUACUUCCUUCAAAGCUUGGCUCAAAUACCACCUCCUCCAUGAGGGAGUCCUGCCCUCAUCCUGCCAAUUCCUUUAGUAGUUUAAUAGUUCCUCCACCUCUACCAUUAAUUUUUAAUUUACUUAGUAUUUUUUUGUAUUUAUGUUCAAAUUGUUUCUGCCGUUAAGAUUGUAAGCUCCUUGAGGGCAGGUACUGGUGGUGUGGGUUUUUUUUUUUUUUAACCUAAGAGUUUAGCACAAUGCCUGACAUAUCGUAAACACCUAAUAAAUGCUUG